CUCACGGCUAUACAUAGCAUGAUAAUUUCAGUAUGAUCGAUAAAAUUACUUAAGAUAACGUAGUGAUAUGUUAGAAACGUCGUAGAAGCUAAUAUAUUUAUUACGCGGUGCGUGUACUCGCGUAGGUAGACGAUGUCAGCGAAAGGAAAGAAAAGAAUACACAGGAAGCGUGAAGGUGGUGGAAACAGGGGGUGGGGAUGGCAGCGACAGUGAUGUGGUAACAGCUGUAGCUUCAAGCUUUUCGAAGAAUUUUCGAACAAAAUCGUAUUAGUGUCUUUUUUUUUAAUACGUAUAAUCAUAACAUUGAUAGCUCCGUGAAUCGUAGACCACGUUGGAAUACAUUGAAAGUUGAAGUGUCGCACAUCCGCAGGAGGCCAGACGCGAAUCCACGAAUGUCGGUGGACGCGGUGAUUGCGGCAUAUAUAACUGCAUAUAACGCGCAGUGCGGACGAAACAGCUAAAUGUGGUGUCGGCGUGAGCAUUUGUGACGCGCGCCAUGUCGCGCGUUCCCAGCUGAUCCUACGUUUGACAUAACGUGCACGUAUUCCCGCAGACGUUCUGUUCAACAGCAGCACCGAAAAUAACGUAAUUACGAAGAAGAUAUAACCGCGCGAUCUUCCUUGAUGCGUGAUUCAGUCGUGAUCUAGUAAAAUCCGAGCUGUUCCGAGAGAGAAUGGCGGAGCUGGAUGACUUAUUUCACACGGAUCAAUAUGUAGGCCCGGAGCGCCUUACUGAUUUGUGCUACAAACUGAUCUGCGAGAAUCUUGACAUUAUUUCGAUAAAGGGAAGACGCGGCCAUCGGAUACUACGAAAGGGAAUAACCUUCCCGAGCGAGAUAUGCGACAAGAUUAUAGAAUACGCGCAACGUAGUGAGGCGACCGAGGAUGACGAUUGCUUUUUCUCCAUUUUCAAAAAUCUAGCGGCGACCCGACUGAAGCAUGUUAAGAUCUCUAAUUGCAGCCUGACCGACACUUCGGUUCAGACGCUUGUCAGCCACAAACUUUAUGAUUUAGAACUCACUGAUUGUAGUAAUGUAACAGAAAUCUCUAUUGAACAUAUUAAUGCCAAUUCAGAGAACUUACACAGUUUAGCAUGUUAUGGAACUUCGAUGAUUAUACCUUCUAGUUUAAGUGCCUCCGGCUCGUCCAACAAUUAUGUCCAACAAUUACAAUACUAUGGACGAGAUUACCAAACACGAAGAUACGUUUUCAAAACGCCGAAUUUAAAGCGACUGGCAUUAGCAUAUGUAGGAAUACCUUCAUCAGAAUAUGCAUUGCUACUAGCAGGAUUAAUGAAUUUGACGCAUCUAGAUUUAUCCAAUAGCUGUAACAUUGAUACUUUUGAAUUUUAUCACUUGGUACCAAAUUUAGUAUCCUUAGCUUUGUACAACGUUAAGGUCAAUACUGACCCAAAAUCUUUUGUUAAGAACAUCUGUCAGUUGAAGAAUUUGAGGCACUUGGAUAUUUCUCAGUCGUGUCAUAAACAGGGACAGUUUGAGAAUCCUAAUAAGAUCUUGUCUGACCUAGUGACUGGUCUACCUCAGUUGGUUUCUUUAGACAUCGGUGGCACAAACCUUGCAGGGAGAGGUGUAGCUGAACGUCCCAUAAAUACAAAUAUUGAAGACACCAAUUUUGGACAGCUUUCCGAUAUACCAGGACUCGCAUCUAAAAUACAUAAGCCAUUACAAUUUUUAGGACUUUAUGGAACUACUCAUGGUGCUUGUAGAAGACAUGAUAUACCAGCAAAAGUGGUCGCUGGAGAUGCAAAUGAGGAUCAAAUACUGAUCGCAGCUCAUGUUUGUAUGGACAAUAAACAAGAAUUAUUGCAAAAAGUAUUGAGCGAUUUAUACCAUGUAUUUAGAUUUGAAAAUUGUCAUAGAAUGGAUCAAGCACUAUGUACUGUCUUGGAAGCGAUGGAAAAGCAUCCAGCUCAGAAGCAUAUACAAAUAUCUGGAAGCGCCACGUUAUUUUACAUAGUAAAGAUGAAGGAAAAGGGUGAAUUAGUAGCACGAAUGAAGAAAAGGAUUAUCAGUACUCUCCUUGCUGGUAUGAGUACACAUAGAGAUGAAGAAACUAUGAUGCGGAACGGUUGUUUGGCAUUGUGUCAAUUCCGCAUACCACAUGACGUGAUGUCCAAUUAUGAAACCCUUGUAAAAGUACUUCUACAUUCAGCCAAACACUCGGAACCAGAAAGUUUCGUUCAAAGAAUUGGCAUAUAUCUAUUGAACUCUUUAGCUUGUCAAGUGGAAGGUAAAGAGAAAAGAUUACUUGGCAAAUUGGGUUGUGUUAAGACUAUGUUAGAAUUGGUGGAGUACAGGGUGGAGACAAAUAUAUUCGACGAUGUAUUAGAAGUCGCAUGGUCGACUAUGUGGAAUAUGACAGACGAAACGUCUAUAAAUUGCGAACGAUUCUUAGAUGAGGAAGGCAUGGCACUCUUCCUGAAAUGUGUACAGCAAUAUCCGCAUAAAGAAGAACUAUUGAGGAAUAUGAUGGGUUUGCUCGGAAAUGUGGCAGAAGUCGAAUAUCUUCGGAUCCAUCUUAUGCAGGAACGAUAUGUAACUGUCUUCGCCAAUCUGUUACGCUCUAAUAGUGAUGGAAUCGAGGUUCCAUACAAUGCUGCUGGUAUAUUGGCACACAUGGCAUCUGAUGGUGUCGACGCUUGGACAAUAGAAAAACCAACUCGUAAAGAGGUUCUUAAAUACAUGGUACAAGCAAUUGAAAGUUGGGACUUAAAUGCAGAACGUAAUAUUAAUUAUCGUUCGUUUGGACCAUUAUUACGUCUACUGGAUGUGUAUCAUACUCCUCCAUGUCAACAUUGGGCUGCUUGGGCUCUUGCUAAUCUCACUAAAGUAUAUUGUAUGUAUGCAAUAUUAAUAUUUUUUAUGUCAAACACUUUAAAUUAUUUGCUGUUUUAUAUCUGCUCUAUAUCUCUGUCUUUUGCUAUUUUACGAUAUAAUCCGAUUUUUUUAGCAUUCAAAUAUUGUGCAUUAGUAGUGAAAGAAGGAGGACUAGAGAAAUUACAUACAGUGAUAGCGGAUUCCAGACCAUACGAACGUAUAAAAGAACUCGCAAAUUUGGUGAUUGAAAAUUGCUGUCAAUACGAGAGCCAUUCCGACGAUGUAAAUGUUUCUCAUUCAGUCUUAGAUUCGGAAUAUCUACGUCUGGAUGGCUAAAAAAGAUCUUAGUAACAUCAUUAUGCACGUUGCAUAACUUAUAUCGUUUCUUUAGGCAAAACAAAUGAUUAGUAUUACAACAUUAUGAUUAGUAUUACAACUUGAACGGAUAAUAGCCGAGGAAUAAUUAUAUAGACGAAUCAGAAAAACAUGAGUGUGUUACAUUAACUUGAUAAUAAUAGAUCUGUUCUUUGUAGUUGUACAUGUCACACUUUCUGCACUUAAAAUAUGAAAUAAGUAUAUAUAAUUAGACGGGAAAAAAAAAGAAACGAUAAAAAGUACAAAAAGUGUAGCUACAAAGAACGAACCUAUUUUUUCGAUAAAAAAAAAGGAAAGGGAUGGAUGCUCAAUAUUAUAAUUACAAAAAGUUGUGUGUGCAUAUGUAUGUAUGUAUUUUUUUUGUGUUAUAUGUGUGCAUGGAUUUGUAUGAAGAAUACGAAGUAUUUUGAAACGAAUAUUCAAUUUUAUCCGCAAAUAUUCAUCUUAUGUAUUAUUGUUGAUAAUUAAUGAUGAAUUACACCGAGAAUCUUUCAUCCAAUCGAUACAUACGGUGUCACAAAUGUUUUGCCAUAAAAAAUAUUAUUUUGAAUACAUUCAAGCAAAUAUAUCUAGAUAUUUGUGCAUCGUAAUUGCUGAUUGUUGAUAAAUCAACUAAAUUUAUAUUGAUUUAAAAAACGGAAAGAAUACGGGUUGCUAUUUACUUUUAACCGAAUGUGGUUAUGCUCAUGCAUGUAAAAUAUACAGAUGCUAAAUUCAUUGCAGAUAACAUUCUCAACGAUGCAUUUGUCACGCCGUGUGUAUGUGUACAUACAUACAUAAUACGUUUUUAAUAUAUAGUCGAGUCUCCAUAUUCCGUACAUCUCUAUUCUUAGGCCCAGUUACACUAAAAUGUCACUUUGAUUUUAAGAGAGACUUAAAACUUUAUCUAUCUCGUUUUAAAACCAAAAAGAGACAGAGAAGAUACAGACAAAAUUUUAAGCCUCACUUAAAAUCAAAGUAAUGUUGGUGCAAUCAGGCAUUAGUAAUCUAAAUUUUUGAAAAUGAUUACUGAAAUCACGAAAACACAAUGGCUGCGUUUAGCAGAGAAAGCAGCUUUGCAACUGUGUAAAAUUCUUCAAUAUGAUUGGUCUUGCCCUUAGCUCCUCAUUGAGUCUAAAAGUAUAUUAAAAAAUUUUACCCAGUUGCAAAGCUGCUUUCUCUGAUGAACGCAGCCAGUGGAUUAGAUGAGAGGAAUGGAGGAGAGAGAAUAAAAUUUAUUUGUAAUAAUGAGCUAAAUUAAGGAGGUACGACUACAAAGAGCGAAAAUGAAUAAUCGCAGCUAAAGCUUGCACGUUUACUUGUCUUUAACUAAUUAUUAACUUUCGUACAAUAUGUGGAUGUUCGGUUUUUUCUCUUACUUUGAUUUUCCUUUUCUUAUAGAUAAUAGUAUAGAUAAUUCGUUCUCAUUACAUCAGGAUUUUUCCAAGACAUAAAAAUGUGACAGGCUUAGAAGAAUAUUAAAUGUGUAAAUAGAAUUGCAAAGGAGCAGUACAUUAGAUUUAAAUGUUUUGUAUGUUAUCGUUAUAAUUACUAUUAAAGAAUCCUUGAGAAAAUUAACUCUAUCAACUAAGUCCCAAUUGUACACGAUCAAACAUAUAUUUUCAUCGAAUUUUCAGAUUUUCAUAAGUUCUUGUUCAAUAACAAGAAUAUAUGAAGAAAUAAUUAUAGAUUAUUACCUGCGCCAAUAUAAUGUGACGAUGUAACACAUCAAUGCAUACCCGGUUUGUUCGAUGUAUAAUAUAGUAUUAUCUGAAAUCAUAAUAA